AUGCCACGACCAACACGCGCCAGCAGGAAACCGCCCGCGGGGGAAGAGGUGGAAAAGGCAAACAAGAAGGUUGCUACUACUACUGUUAGGAAGAAGGAAAGGAAGGUAGUCGAGAGAGAAAUCGCCGAAAAGCCGGUAGCACCACCGGUGCGCGGGACAAGGUCGAGAGGCGCGGUCGAGGUGGUCCUCGAGACUAGUCAGGUCAGUCAGGCCACCGUUGCAUCUACUCGUACAUCGCCGGAUAAGCCAACAACUACACGACGGCGGGGCCAGUCCCAACAGCCCGCCGCUACAGUUGCAGAGGUGACCACGUUUCCAGCGACAGUGGCAGCAGCAUCGCCUUCAAAGGGAUCUACGCGUUCUACCGUUGAAGAAGUGAUCCGCGAAACUCCAUCUCCGAAAAAACCCACACGCGCUACGGCGAGGGUGUUCCUGCAUAGGAAGCAGAAAUCCGACUCCCGUGUCGCAUCCGCCCCGUCAACGCCGGAGAUUGCCCCGCUAUCGCCCGUGAUUCAAGUCCCCGCAUCGUCUGACGCCGAGAACCACUCCCCGCCCGGUAGUGCGCACUUCGCAUCCUCGCCUCCGGCGAUCAUUGGUCCUGCCCGUGACGACGAAGCGGGACUGACAACGCCCACGCAGACAAAGGGCAGGGACGGGAAGCAGAGAAGGAUUACUUUAGAGUUUGCCGAGGAUGAAGGGUACACUCCUCCGCGCGCAAGACCUUCGUCUGUUGAGAGACCCAGAUUGCGGGAAUUGGGUGUUGAGAGUUUGGAGCCAUUGGACAGGCUGCCCGGAAUUGGCGAGGAUGACCUCGCUAGUAGUGACGGGUUUGCGGGGGAUGAUGAGGGCGGGCCAGCGAGUCCUACGCCUAAGCGCGCGAACAAAUGGAAACUUAGCCAGCUUGUAGAGGAGGAUGAAGAAGGGGAGGGGGAGGUCGGGCUAGGGACUGAUCUAGAGGACGGUGAUGGGAUCCUGGCAAUCUCACAGCCGGGGCAGCAGCAUAGGAGGAGCCGCUUCGGAUCCCCCUUUCAAUUCCAAAAGGGCAAAAAGAAGGUUGUCGCUACCGUCACUGCUAUCGAGGUGGAAGACGUGGCCUUUGCAAUCUACUCCGACCCAAACACCCCUUCUCCAACUUUGCCAGAUACUACCAACGCGCACGAACUCGAUGAAAUAAUGCGCCCGCCAAUGAGCUCCUCCCCUGCACAGGAAUCCCCCCGACACUCCCGGAAACGCCGUUCUUCAAGCGCAGGCAUGGGCUCCGAUGACGAGGAAGACGACGUCGCAGAAGAACAUCACAACCAAGCCCAUGGCGGAAAGCGCAGAAAGCAGACCCUCACCAGGUCCAAGCUAGCGGCAACGCCGAAACCAAAAGUUUUACAAACGGAGGACCUCCGCGGAUUGCUCCCUAAACGCAAAGGCCGGGGCAGACACGCUGAGAGGGACGAAUUCGACCUCUCCCCUUCAUCCGAGGAGGAGGAGGAGGAGGAGGAAGACGAAGACGAACUCAGCAAGCCCGCAAAACGCAAGCCUAAACCAGCCAAGAAGUCCAAACCAAAAACAAAGUCCAAAUCCGCCACCGCUGCCGCCGCGAGAAUCACGAAGUCAGCCUGGUCCCGGCCCCUCGUCCCCCCUACCGCCACCACCACCGCCACUACUACUACCACCAAAAAGAAGUACGCGCGUAAAUCCACUGGCUCCGAGAAGGAGAACGAGGCGCCGAGAAGGAAUAAGAAUAGGGAUGACGAUGACCUUGGGGGAGAGGAUGAAGCGGCGACUACGAGUGGGACUGCGGUUGAAGUUGCCGAUGGAAUCCUUGGUAAGGAGGGGAGGAGGAAGUUGCGGGCUGCGGCGGAGAAGUUCCGCAUCGUAGAUGCUUGGGAGAUGGAUUUUGAGGAUGUCAGUGCGAGUACGAGUGUUUAGUGGGGGUACCGGUGGCGGCGGCGAGCGGCGGGCACUCGAAGGGGAGGGGGAGGUUAUUUAGUGGAUGUUAGCUUUCAGCUUUUUUCUCUUAUUUUAUUUUUUUCCCAAUUGUCCAUUGUGAAUCGUGGUGUGGCAGGUUUGUUUGGCGCAUUGUAUGUCUACAUGUUUAUUUUCAGAGUGUUUUUUAUCCUUUUUUCACCAUGGGUUUCGCCGGUGGCUGAAUUGGUCCGUUCAAUCGUCCGUCUACUUCAUCGGUCAAUCAAUCAAUCAAUCAAUCAAUCAAUCAAUCAUUAUCAUGGUACCCUAUUCAGAAGAAGAGAAAGGGGGGGGAGGGAGAGAGGAGCGGUAUUCUCACUUACUUUAUUCAUCUUGUUCUGUACGUCUAUCAUACGUGGUUCGCCACAGGAAGUAUACUUGUACCAAGGAAAGGGAAAUAGCUGUAUGUUAAAGAACUAUAAUUACCUUGUUGUAUCAUACUCGCUCGAGCCAUUCUCACAUUUACUAGUCCUGUAUCCUGUGCCUACCGAUUUGACUUGCACGGCUUGCAUACUAUAUAACUAUAUCAUACACCAUUCUCGUCUUAUGAUAGCCACAGGGACAAUGGAAGCAAGGGGUAUGUACAGUACUUGUAUACAGUGCAAGUAUGAUAUAUACAGUGCGGUACGGUAUCGGACUUAAAAUAAAAAAAAGUUUACCGGUAUGAUACAGUACAGUACAGAUACCGUUACCCACAUCGCACGCGGGCUCUUCAACUACCGUACCGGUACCGGUACCGGCAACCGUGAGUGACCGAAGUUUAGAUUGGACUGGAUUGUCGCUCGAUGCUUGAAAUUUUUUUUGCUAUGAUAGAAUGCUGGCUGGCUGGCUGGUUGGGGGUACCUUACCUUACCGUGCUAUAAUAUAGUGCUUCGGGAUAUUAGGCCUCCAACGGUGGGAUUAAGAAAUGUGUGUGUGUGUGUGGGGUGCAAAGGUUUACAUUUCGCGCUGCUCUCGUACCGUACGGUACUGUACUUGUACGUACCGGUAUGGUACGGUACUGGUAUCAUAAUAAUUAUGUUACGGUACUGGUAACUCGUACAAUAAAGUACCGUAUCGUGCGAAUAGUACUGCACUGCACUGGUACAUUUAUCCAAAUCGCCAUCGACGAGUAAUGUAACCACCGAAGCUGUAAAGGUUUCUAGACUUUUUCGUUCAGUGGUAUCAUUGGCGGUGUGGGAUACUCUUCUUGUACUC